AUGCGUCUGCGUUCCGUGUCUGGGGAUCUCGGGCGUUUGUCCGCGACUUGUCUGCGGACAAGCUGUCCCCUCGUGCUGCUCCCUGUGUCUUCCUUGGCUUCCCCCCUGACACCCCUGGGUGGCAGUUCUACCACCCCACCUCUCGUCGUGUUCUGUCCUCCCAGGAUGUCACGUUCGACGAGUGUGUCCCAGGUAGAUGCAGUCGAGCCGGUCGAGGUUGCUGGUGACUCUGGUACUGCUGUGGGUGCUGAGCCUGGGGGUGCUGAGUCUGGGGGUGCUGCGACUGGGGGUGCUGAGCCUGGGGGUGCUGAGCCUGGGGGUGCUACGACUGGGGGUGCUGAGCCUAAGGGUCCUUCGCCUGGGGGUGCUGCGUCUGGAGCUGCUGAGCCUGGGGGUGCUGAGUCUGGAGCUACUGAGCCUGGGGGUGCGGAGCCCGCGGCCGCUGGAUCUGCUCGUGUGGCGUUUGGCGGUGCUGGGCCGGGUGGUUCUCCGGGUGCUUCGUCUCGGCGGGAGCCACUCUCUCCACAGGAGCUGCGCGAGUGGUUUGCCCGGCGCUGGAGGCGUACUACUGGAGCUGGUGCUUCUUCGGCUGCUGAGGGUGCUGGUGCCGCCGGUCUCGGAGGUGCUAGUCCUGCGAGUGCUACUGGAGUCGGAGCUGCUGAGGGUGUUGGCGCUGAGGCUACUGCUGUCGGUCCUGACGGCAGUCCUGCUGCGGGUGCUGCUGGUGCUGCUGGAGGUACUGGAGCUGGAGGUGCUGUUGAUGCUGGUGCUGCCGCUGGGGGUGCUGUCCUCUCUUCCUGGGCUUGCCGACCCUGA